AUGCCGCCGUAUGCAUUUCUGGCAAAUGUGUUAUGUGGGCGAAGUUCUUUUGGCAAGGCUCGGUGCACGUUCCUUCAUGUCGCUCCUCUGGCAGGGGCGAUCUGGUUGCCUUCAACUCGUCCAGCUGUGGAGCCGCGCACAAGAAGCCCACCGGACUCUUUUCAUUCGCUGGGCAGGGAAUCGCGGAAGCAUUCGCGCACGCCGUUGCGAGCGAAGGUUUGGUCGGAUGAGCAGGGCCGGGAGGUGUGGCGCAAUUGUGUGGCUGCGGAGUAUCCGGUUUGCGAGGCUAUGGCCCAAGCGUCUGUGGCGCACCACACAGGGAGCGCUGGAGACGGGCCGGUGGAACCACGGACCCGGCACGGAGGGUGCUGGCUCAUCUCACAGGCCGCUGCUUCCACGGCGCAGCUAGACAAUGCCUCAGCACUGGAGAUCACCGCGGAGGAGGAAAUUUGCAAGAACAUUGCGGCCGAUGCCGGGACGAACGGGCCCACUCUGAACGGGGCCCUCGCCGAGCACAGCUGGGCGGCCUUUGCAGCGAGGGAGACCCCGUGGAGGCAAAAGGAUACUUGGGUGGCUCGAGAAGCGGAGGUGCCAAGAAGCCACCCUUCGAGGUGCCCCGGAGUACGGGGAGAGGAGGAGGAAGAAGAAGGUGACGUCUACGACGAGCUGGUGGAGCUCCAUAGCCUCAGCUUACUGCUCCUGCCGGCCGAGGUGUACCACAGCCAGUGGAUGGCGUCCUCACCCAAGCAUGCGGGAGAAUUCUGGGUGUGCCUCAGCAUUGAAGUUGAGCAGGUCGGAUGCCGCGGGCUCGUGAAGGGGCUAUGCAUCGUCGCACUUUAG